AUGAACUACAACAUUGACCGUUAUGGCAGGAUGCAAGACUGUAAUGACAGCCAGCUUAGGAAACCAUUUCUGCCACAGUCCACCACUUCACCUUUCAUUCUCUUAACACCUCUGGAAAAGAAUCUCCUUCAUCCCUCUCCAGAAGAGGAGGAAAGGAAACACAAGAAAAAGUGCCUGGUGCAGAGCCCCAGUUCCUACUUUCUGGAUGUGAGAUGCCCAGGAUACUAUAAAGUCACCACGGGCUUUAGCCAUGCACAAAUGGUAGCCUUAUGUGUUGGCUGCUCCACGGUUCUCUGUCAGCCUACAGGUGGAAAAGCAAGGGUGACAGAAGGAUGCUUCUUCAGGAGGAAGCAACACUGA